CGAGAUGGCCCUGCAUGGUCUCGCAACUUCACACACAUUCGCAAAACAAAGCUUCUCUCUUUCCAACAUUGUGCAUGUUGGCACAAGCUUAGCAGAUCGUCGUCAAAAUGAGUGUCCGCAGCCACAGCGAUGACGCUUUGAGGGACGACACCGCCAAGAACGGACAUGCGAUCUUAUCGGCCAGUAUUCUACCAGAAGACACGACAUUUUCUCGAGCCGGACCAGCACCUCCUGCCGACCACGAAGCAGAUUUUGUCACAAGGAAUGAAUAUGAAGAUUUGAGUCGUGGACUUCAUCAACGACAUGUUUCUCUCAUCGCUAUUGCCGGUGCGAUUGGUACGGGACUUUUUCUUGGUCUGGGAGGAGCGAUCCAGACUGGAGGUCCACUCGGUGCUUUGCUGGGCUACUUUACUGUAGGAUGCAUCGUGGCGUCUGUGCAAUUUGCUUUGGGAGAAGUUACGGCUCUGUUGCCUGUUACGGGCAGUUUUGUCAGACAUGCUGAGUUUCUGGUCGAUCCUGCUUUGGGGUUUGCGAUUGGUUGGAAUAUUGUCUAUGGCAACUGGUUGAGUAUACCUGCGGAAAUCACAGCUAUCUGUGUGCUCUUUCAAUACUGGACAGAUUUGAACAGUUCGGUUUGGAUCAUUAUAUUCAUUAUCCUGACGUUUGUUGUUGGCAUGUCUCUGAUUCGUGUAUAUGGUGAGAUCGAGUUCUGGUUUGCUCUGCUCAAGAUCUUCUUCAUCAUCUUCCUCAUCAUACUGGGUCUCGUCAUCGCUCUCGGCGGUGUAUCUGGAGUGGAUCGCAUUGGCUUCCGUUACUGGAAAAGUCCUGGUCCUUUCGUUGAGUACAUCGCAACUGGUUCAUGGGGCAACUUCCUCGGCUACUGGGCAACCAUGAGUUCUGCCGUCUUCUCGUUCGCUGGAACUGAGAGUGUUGCGAUGGCAGCUGCUGAAACCAGAAAUCCUCGACAAGCGAUUCCAAGAGCGUGCAAGCGAGUUUUCAUUCGAGUCGCGGUCUUCUACCUGCUCGCAGUCCUUGUGGUUGGCAUGCUUGUUGCAAGUGACGAUGAACGUCUCGACAACCAAUCCGGCACAGCCGCGCAAUCGCCAUUCGUCAUCGCUGCGUCCGCAGCUGGUAUCAAGGCGAUCCCUUCUGUGGUAAAUGCGGUUGUCAUAACAUCUGCUUGGUCGAGUUCAAACCAGGCUCUUCUGGCUGGCACUCGUGUCCUCUAUGCCCUCGCACUGAAGAAGCAGGCGCCGAAGAUCUUCUUGAAGACCACUUCGUGGGGUGUACCAUACGUUUGUGUGCUGUUGCAGACACUAUUCAUGUUCUUGGCGUUCAUGAGUCUGUCGAGCGGUGCGUUGACAGUGUUCUACUGGUUUCAGAGUCUGGUGGCCUGUGGUGUGCUUAUAUCCUGGAUUACAAUCUUGGUCAAUCACCAACGUCUCCUGCUUGCUAUGAAGAAGCAAUCGAUUCCGUACUCCCUAUUGCCAUGGCACAACUCCUGGACGAGAUAUUCCACACCCAUCUCACUGGUCUUGACUGUUGUUAUUCUCUUCACAGCCGGAUUUUCGAACUUCACCAGAGGUAAUUGGUCAUCUUCCGGGUUCGUGUCCAGCUACCUCGACAUUCCGCUUGUGUUGACAGCAUACACACUUUGGAAGCUCUUCAAAAGGACGAAGCUUGUGAAGUUGGAAGACAUCCCCUUGAGAGAAGCUUUUGCGGAGAUCGACAGGAAACCAGAAGAGCCGGAACCAGUUCCCAAAGGUUGGGUCAAGUUUGUGAGUUUCCUGUGGGAUUAA